AUCACGCAUAAACGCGGGACAGCAAUUCGUUUACAAAAUGAAUUAUUCCGUAGUGUCGAAGAAUUUAUCCUCAUUGGCUAUUUUGGAUUUCCCAAUAAAUGCGCGACCUUUGUCGAUAGCGCAACAAAGUUAUCGGUACGUUAUCUUCGUUGUCGGAACUCUGACCAAUUUACUGGCUGCGGUAGGAAUCUUUUAUUCUCGACAACUGCACUAUCCGCGUCACGUGUUUUGGGUUGCGAUUUCAUUGGCUAACCAGUUCCAGCUUUUGCAGGCCAUUCUAGAAGUAAUUUCGAUCGUGGGUAGCGAUCCCGUCAUAUGUCAAAUUGUCGUCCUUAACGCCGGCGUGUUUUACACAAUUAUUUUGACAUUCCUCACUCUGGCGGCAUUUGAUCGCUACUUGGCAAUCGCACGCUACGAGUGGUACAAGAAGAAAGUCACCAAUAAAAACACCAUUUAUCUUUUAGCUUUUGGUGGCCUCGUAACGUAUGUAACAGCUACCAGUCCGUUUUGGACUGGCUUUAAAAGUAUUAAGAACUGCGCAGUUAACGUCACCCACGUACAUUGCGUCAUGAUUUACGAUUUAAUGUUGGGGGUGCUCUGCGUUGUGUUGCACGUCAUGAUUUUCGUUCGAUCGCGAGAAGCCUCCAACCAACAUUCCAACUUUCUUCAACCUUCAAUUGCACUUCGAUUUUUUCCAACACCUUCUACAAAUAUUAUUUCCGGAGCCGAGCAGGGAGUACAACAGCCUGUUGAUCAAGUCAAUCCAGUUAUAACAACACGCCUUGAUCAAAUGACUGACUUGAAUAUAAAUGGAACAUAUGUUAACUGUUUUUCAUGGCUUGACAAUAAAAAAAAGCUCAACCGUUUAGAAAUUCGGGCCGCUUUGAACAUGUCGGUCAACGUUUUACCAGUUUGGCUUUGUACCUUUCCCGUCACGUUAAAUGCCAUAAUUCUCUAUUGGUGCAUUCGUCUUGAAAAGAAUUGCUCAAUUAAUUUCCAGAUCAACCCUUACCUAAAUGAUUUUUUCCUGUUUCAUACAAUCUAUAAUCCUCUUAUGUACAUGCUAACCAGUACGGAAUUCAAAAGGGCAUUGGUUCGCAUAAAACAGAAAGUUAAAUGUAAAUAAACCAAGCCUAAACCCCCUGUA